AUGCUCGACCUCGCCAGGACUUUGAAAUCACCUAAGAGUGCCACCAUCAUGUCGUCGUUUUACUUUCCCGACGUCGCCAGCGACAUGGGAAACGUCUCUAUGAACUACACUCACAUGGAAUCCGGGUCGGCGGAGAUCUUCGCGGAGUCUCUUUUUCGGAUCUUGACCCUCUCCGCCAUUUUCCUCAUCUCCGUACCGCUCAACAUCAUCGUGCUCGUCAUCGUGUUCCGUCGACGUCGUCACAAGUCGCGGGUGAACAUCCUGGUCAUGCACCUGACGCUCGCCGACCUCUUCGUUGCCCUCAUCAACAUCCCGACGGACGUGGUGUGGUUCUGGACGGUGCGGUGGUUGGCUGGGAAUGCGAUGUGCAAGAUCAUCAUGUUCAUCGAAUCCUUCAACAUGUAUGGGUCAUCGUUCAUACUCAUCGUCAUCAGUCUCGAUCGCUACGCUGCCAUCGUACACCCGCUCAGUAUUCAUCAAGCAGAUAGACGCUGCAAGAUUAUGGUUCGAGCCGCCUGGGCAUGCAGUGCUCUUUGCAGUGUUCCCCAGUUCAUGGUUCAUGAAGUUCUGUCACCGUAUGAGGCUCCGGACUUCACCCAGUGUGUCGACUACCGAUUCGCAUUUGAACAUCAGACUCUUUGGUGGCUUUACCAUAUUUUUGUGACACUUGCCAUGUACGUCGUGCCUCUCAUUACUAUAUUUACCUGCUACACAGCCAUCAUAUACAAGAUUUGCCGGAAAACGAAGCAAGCUCGUCAAUCCGUCAAUAACAAUGAAAGUAGCGUCCUCAGGCGGUCAUGUUCGAGCAGUCUUCCUCGAGCAAGGAUGAAAGCCCUCCGUCUCACGGCUACCAUUGUGACGGCAUUCGUUAUGUGCUGGGGUCCAUAUUACGUCCUAAGCACAUGGUAUCAUUUCGACACGAGAUGGCAAACAGGGGCUGGCCUUCCAAACCCCGACUGGAUGAUCCACAUCAUGAUGGCGCUAGGCUACUCCAAUAUCUGCCUUGAUCCAAUCAUCUACGGUAUAUUUGUGACGCGGUUCAGUCUCUGCCACCGCCGUGGUAAGUCCGCGGUCAUGCACCCGCUCACCACCUACCGCCGAUCCACCCUGAACUCCAAGGUCAUCACAAACGACGGUCAUACGUCCUCCGUGAGAUUCAACCACACGUUGGUUUCGAGCAAGAACAGUUGCAGCGGUACACACGCGGCGAUCGACACGGUCACGCCGCUCGUAGACGGGGACGCCAGAAGGAAUAUAUUCGUGAAUAGGCGCGAGACAUCGACAACGACGUAACGGCGUCGCUACAGAUACGUCUACUAGACGCUUGACUUCUCAAAUCGGACGUUCGAAUUCCUCUCGUUGAAGAACCUAAUUAUCUCUAUCGUUAUAUAUUUUGUUCUGGUAGAGUGUUUUCUGUAACUGUUUUCUUUAAAAAAAAAAAUCGUCAAAUAUCACUCUUAUCAGUUACGGAGAAACUAUGUAAUCAAAAUCUUCUAAAAUACUAUGAUCCUAGGGGAAAAUUCUAUUUUUGAUCGACACUCUCAGCAGGGCUAAAAUAAAAAAAACAUCGUGACAAUAUUUUUUAAAACAAAACAUAAUAUCCGACUGAAUCAUCUUCUUUUUUUCUGUGGAUUGUACAUGAAUCACACACACAAAAAAAUAGUUGCCUGUCUUUACUUGCUUACACGGAAUUUAAGAUGGCGCUAUACAAUCUUUGAAAGCAGGGGGUGAUAAUCAAGCCAGGGAAUCCGGUUUGUUUGCUUCAUUUAUAAUUCAAACUGAUAAAAAUCGAUUUUUUUUUCUUUAUUUGGCGUCAUCACAGUUAUUUUGGGCUCGAGCCGUCCUUGGCAUGUUAAUUCAUCGUCAAAGUUUAUUUUUUUACGUUUUAUUUUAUUUGUGAUAUGUUUUAUAUGUGUACUCUACAUGACUUUUGUAUAUUGAUAUUUCUCCUUGUUUUUCAAAUAAUCGGGCUAAACUACUAUCAUUUUAUAGCUCUUUGUAGGAUGUGAAAAAAAAACAUUGCUUGUAUAAUACUCAUAUGUUAUAAUCAGUGUUUCCCUGUCUUAUAUUACUCUGCAAAAACUCCGGUGUUGAUUUAACACCAGCGCGGAAUCUAUGUACAUGUAUGUCCACA